CAUGUAGAUCGCCUCCCACUUUUACAGAAUUGCUGUUUGAAUUGAGGUGUGUGUCCGAUAUUUGGGAACGGUGAAGGGACCGUCUGUCAAGAUAUAUCACCUUCGAGGCGCAAGCGGGGUUGCUGUAAGAGUUGCUCUCCAUCUCGUCGUAAGGUUUCAGGGAAAGGGACCAAGGAGCAUAUAUAACUCCCGUGUCUUCAGAGAUUGACCGAAACAUAUAUUCAGCUAUACCAGCUCAGUGGGCUUUUGUGAGUUAUCGCAACGCUGAGUACCUACACCAUGGCGACAGGAAUCCAAGCUUUCCGGCCCCCGCACACAAAAUUGGGAGAAUGCCCGCUGUAUCGUGAGGAGGACAACACAUUGCACUACAUCGACAUGCUGGGCUACAGCAUCCAUGUCCUGACGCUCGCUGAGCCUUAUCAAGCGCGGGUGAUCCGCUGCCCGGAGUUGAUAUCCUUCAUGAGUUUCUGUCACGGGGGCGGCUAUCUCGUCUGUUAUUUCCAGGGCAUCGCCAGGGUAGGGGACGAUGGGGAGUGGCAGGUACUGAAGAAGAUCAUCCCGGACGAGGAUAAGUCUGCUAUUCGAUUGAAUGACGGCGCGAUUGACUCACAGGGGAGAUUAUGGGUUGGGACCAUUGAUCUGGGUCUCGUAGCACAGGCACAUGUGCCAGAUGACCAGCGGCCCAGGGGAGCUGUGUAUCGGUACGAUCCCGACGGCACCCUCACUGUUCACGAGCCGGGAGAAAUCAUCUGCGGGAAUGGAAUUGGAUGGACGCCCGACGAUCAGACGGCGCUCUUCACAGACUCAUACAGAAAGAUCAUCUGGGCUUAUGACUUUGACUCCGCGACUGGCACGAUCUCCAAUAAGAGGAUCUUCAUAGACCGGAGAGGCCAGGACGGAGAACCCGACGGCCUCGUGCUCGACACCGCAGGGAACGUGUACACUUUUCUCUGGAAGGGUAGCUAUGUCGUGAAGUACGAUAGCCGUGGGACGUUCGUCCGCGAUUGGAAGAUCAACGCAAGCCGCGUCACGCAUGGAGCGUGGGUUGGGAAGAACUUCGAUGAGCUUGUCGUCACGAGUGCCGAGGCGGAUGAGGGCUCGACACCGUGGGAGGGUGAAGAAGGCGGUGCUUUGUUCUGGAUUAAGGAUCUUGGGUGUGCGGGGAUGAGGAAGCAUAAGUUUGGUAAGGCUGAAUAGGAUGAAAGAAAUAUGAUGAUGCCAUUGCACAGCUUAAAAUCGUGACAGAUGUUUUCUUGGAUGCAUCCCUGGUAUAAAUCGCUGAGAUCUUCAGUCACGAAUCUCACUUCUUAAUAGAAUCACUU